CACCCAUUGGUCAUCAAAAGACCGCGGCACCGCUGCCUUCGUGCCCACCCCAAACUCUCUCACCGACCUUUUGAUGGCGGCGCUGGGCUGUGCUCGGGCCAUGCCCGUGCGUGCCACGGCCCGGCUCUCCUUCACCCGCCCCGUGGCCAUCAGGGCGGUGCCCCUGGUGCAGAAGCGCGCGCUGGUGCCCCAGCCCCUGGUGCACAAGGCCACGGGCAUCAAGGGCCUGCCGCAGCUGCCCAGCCGGGUGGUCAAGGUGCAGGCCAGCGCCACGCCCGCCGACAACAUGCCGGUGCUGGCGGCGGCCGAGGAGAAGAAAUUCCUGGGCGUGCCGGUCUUCACCUGGCAGAAGAUCCUGCCCCUGGGUCUCAUGUUCUUCUGCAUUCUGUUCAACUACACCAUCCUGCGCGACACCAAGGACGUGCUGGUGGUGACUGCCCCAGGCUCCGGCGCCGAGAUCAUCCCAUUCCUCAAGACCUGGGUCAACCUGCCCAUGGCCAUCGGCUUCACCGUGCUGUACACCAAGCUGGCCAACGUGCUCAACAACGAGCAGCUGUUCUACACCUGCAUCUUCCCCUUCAUCGCCUUCUUCGGCGCCUUCGCUUUUGUGCUGUACCCCAUGCAAGAGAUGCUGCACCCCACUGAGUGGGCGAAGAACCUGCUGGAAAAGGCUGGCCCGCGCUUUGCGGGCCCCAUCGCCAUCAUCCGCAACUGGACCUACUGCCUCUUCUACGUCAUGGCGGAGCUGUGGGGCUCGGUGGUGGUGUCGGUGCUGUUCUGGGGCUUCGCCAACCAAAUCACCACUGUGGAUGAGGCCAAGCAGUUUUAUCCACUGUUCGGCCUGGGCGCCAACGUGGCGCUCAUCUUCUCUGGCCGCGCCGUCAAGAUCUUCUCGCAGAUCCGUGCCAACCUGCCGCCUGGCGUCGACGGCUGGGGCCUGUCCCUGCGAGGCCUCAUGUCCAUGGUGGUGCUUGGUGGCUUCAUCAUCAGCGCUGUGUUCUGGUGGCUCAACCGCACAGUGGUGCCGCGCGUACAGGGCAGCAUCCCCAAGCGAGACAAGAAGAAGAAGAAGGAGCCCAUGGGGGUGGCCGAGUCUUUCACCUUCCUGGCCAAGAACCCCUAUAUCCGUGACCUGGCCUUCCUGGUGGUGGCCUACGGCAUCUCAAUCAACCUGGUGGAGGUGACCUGGAAGUCCAAGAUCAAGGCGCAGUUCCCCAACCCCAACGACUACUCUGCCUUCAUGGGCGACUUCUCCACCGCCACUGGCGCUGUGACCUUUACCAUGAUGAUCAUCUCCCGCUGGAUCUUUUCCAAGUUUGGUUGGGGCAUGGCCGCUCUGAUCACCCCCACCGUGCUGCUGCUGACUGGUGUAAUUUUCUUCUCGUUGGUGCUGUUUAGCGGCCCGCUGGAGCCUGGUCUGAUGGCGUUGGGCUUGACACCCCUGUAUGCGGCGGUGCUGGUGGGCGCGGCGCAGAACAUCUUCUCCAAGUCCUCCAAGUACUCGCUAUUCGACCCCUGCAAGGAGAUGGCCUACAUCCCGCUGGACCAGGAGACCAAGACCAAGGGCAAGGCCGCCAUUGACGUUAUUUGCAACCCGCUGGGCAAGUCUGGUGGCGCUCUGAUCCAGCAGUUUAUGAUCAUCGGCUUCGGCUCACUGGCGGCCUCCACCCCCUACCUGGGCCUCAUCUUGCUUGGCAUUGUGGCCAUGUGGAUCUAUGCGGCCAAGGACCUGGACUGGCGCUUCGCUGCAGCCCAGGAGGAGAUGGCCCGUGCUGCCGAGUCGGCGGAUGCUGAUGACAGCGCCGCUGCCCCCGCCGCCGAGACCAAGCCCGCCUCAGCAUAGAUCUGCACGCGUGUAGGCCAGCUGCGUCAUCUUCAAUGUCGGAGCACCGCGAGCAAGUGUGCGUGGACCAGAAUAUUUGCCAUGUGUCUCAGUUGUUGCUGCUUGCCGGUCAUUGUCCCCUGCUUUGCUCACCCCCAUGAGUUGCACACCAAAACACUUGUGAAUUUCUGCCUGUU